ACCCAUUCGUCGUUUCGCAUCGCCAUCGCCGCCAUGCCGCCGCUAGCCGCCGCCGACGCUUUCCUCGUUCUCGAGUUCAUCGCCGGCAACCGCCGCAUCCCCCACGCCGUAUUCACCGCCAUCCUCGGCUCCCUACCCUCCUCGUCGCCCCGCACCUCCCCGCGCCUCCGCAAAGCCCUAGUGCUCCGCGCCCUCCACGCCGCCCUCCACCCUGAAGACGCCUCCUGCUCCUUCACACUCCUCCGCAAGGCGCGGAGGGUCCUCGCCGACCCCGACGCCGCCGCCUGCUUCCCCUACCAGCUCUCUCUCGCAGAAAACGAACAAGAGGACGGGGCUAGGGCCGCGGUGGCCGAUCUCAAGCGCCUCCUCGACCAUGAGUGGGCCAAUCUCCCACCCUCCACGCUCGAGCUCGCCGCCGACCGGCUCGCCGGACACAGGUCCCUCCACGCGUGGGCCGCCGCGGACCAUGCCAAUCGUACAAAGCUUCGCCUGCUCGUAGGGGAGUCCACAGAGCGUGAGAUUUUAGCCAAGCUUAUGCAAGAUGAUAACGCAAACAAUGCUAAUGAAGCUGAUGUUGCUCAACGAAACCAUGAGGCUGAUCCUUCGAAGAAAAGCAGUGAAGCUGGCUGUGCUCAAGAAGGUACGGCUGAGCAUCAAAAUGCGUUGAUAGGAGGAGCACAGGGUGUCCAACUUCCGGAGAAGUCUGUCCCUGCGUCUAAAAAGCGCAGUCUUAUGGAGAGACAUCCCAAUGCAAGUACUUAUGAGUGGGAUGGCUUGGAUGACUCUAAUGAUGACAGGCCAUUAGGGAAGCGUGAGUUACCCCCUUUCGAGAGGAAACCACAUCCUGCCCCUACAUGUGCACAUAAGGUCAGAAAGAAGUGGAUUGAGAUAGAGGAAAAAACCUUGCUGGAAGGGGUUGAGAAGUAUGGCAAAGGCAAUUGGAAAGAUAUCAAAAUGGCAUACCCUGUCAUCUUUGAAGAGAGAUCAACGAUCGAUCUGAAGGACAAGUUCAGAAAUAUGGAAAGACUCUCGGCUUGAGGCCUGGUGGUGCUGUGCUUCUGCUCUGCUCUGUAGAUACUAGUGUAAUAAUUAGAUCAACCUAGGAGGAGCUAGGUGAUUUUUCAUUAAGAAGAAGAAAUAGGCAUCCAAAUUUAAGCUAGAGGGGAUUCGAACCUGGGUGGUUAGAUGGUUAGAGUGCACGACCACCCCUCUCAUCCUAACCAGUUGAGCUAGGCACUUCCUAUACUACUGUAGUAGGAAGUAAGGUGCGUGCAGACGUUUUGUUUUUGUGUUGUAUAUGGAGUGCCUGGCCUGGAGGGUAUGCACUAUGCAGGAGAGGAGAUUCAGUGUCCAAAGGAAAGACUCAGUUUUCCAAAUGCAUAUGAAGAAUCUCGAGGACUGGGCAUCUUCUCUCAUCUCUCCGCA